GAUGCAAAGGUACCCUAUAGACACAAUUGAAAAAGGCUAACUUAUGAACUCUGAAAGGAAAUUCAUUGUUUUUUCCCAGAAUGUCUUUUGGUGUUCCAUCUGCGGGCACUUUGUUCCGUCCGCAUGAUGGAAAAACGGUAGACAAUAACACGACUACCAAAAAAAUGGAAGGAUCCAAAGAAAAGGAGACAGGUUCCUCCGACCUCCAAGAUAAACCGGACUUGACAUGGCUGCAAAAGAUGAAGCCUUUAAGAGAAGUUCAGUGGACCAAUGACCACAAACGAGAGCUGAUGUCGAAGAUCAGUUCGUACAAGACAAGCUAUGAGGCGCCGGCCCGCGUGCUCCUCCUCGGCCCGGUGGGUUCUGGGAAGUCCAGCUUCAUCAGCUCGGUCCAGUCCGUCUUCUCAGGAAGGGUCCUGAACCGCGCCAUGGUGGGCUCAUCUACAACCGGAUUCACCAAGAAGCUGCAGUCCUUCACUAUCCAGGGUGAGAAACGGGGGGGGCCUACUGCACUGACCAUGUGUGAUGUCAUGGGUCUGGGGGAGGAGCAGGACACCGGAAUCAGUUUCGAUGACAUCGUUUCUGUCCUCAAAGGCCAUGCUCCCGAAGGACACAAGUUCAGCCCCAGCCACCCGCUGCAGCCGAGCACCGCGGGCUACCUGGAGAAGCCCCGCCUGGCAGACAGGGUGCACUGUGUGGUGUUUGUGUUGGACGCCUCCCGGCUGUCCUCCUACUGCACGGGCCUAAGAGAAACCUUCCAGAAGCUCCGCGAAUACUUCAGUGACCUGGGGGUGCACCAGGUGACGGUGUUAACGCACAUCGACAAGGCGUGUGUUAUGACCAACACAGAUGUGAAGGAUGUAUACAAGAGCCCAAUCAUCCAGCCAAUGAUGUCCAAGGCAGGGGAGAUGCUGGGUAUGUCCAAGUCCUCCAUCAUGCCGGUGAAGAACUACUCCAGUGAGCUGGAUCUGGACAGCAACACAGACACCCUCCUGCUGGCGGCCAUCGAUCUAAUCCUGGAGUACGCCGACCUGUAUUUCCUGGACCAAUAGGUGAACAUUUAGGUUCACCUAUUACGUAAUAGAGCAAGCAUAAUAAUUUUCUCACGUUAUGAAGCAAGCAUAAUCAUUUGUGAGCAUUUGAUUACAUUAUAAAAUUUGUCAAUUUAUGGGUUACAGUGCUAAUUGUUAAAUGGAAAGUGUAUACUAUGCAUGCAAAUCAAUUAUUCAAUCGACUGUUAUUCAGGGAUCAAACUGCAUUAACGUUUUUAAAAUGCAUUGCAACUACUAUUGGUUAGUUAAAAUAAAAACAA